AUGGGAGAUACCAUAUUGCCAGGUCCCCAAGGAAAGAUGCCCAGAACGUAUGAAGUAGACAAAGAACGGCAUACCGAGAGCUAUGUCACUGCAGUUCGUGGAAACGACCACAAGGACGCAAAAACGAUCUCUGUGGAUGAAUCAAAAGAUGGCAUCCAAAUGCGUGCUUGUGCGCCUCUUCUUGAAGAUGAGUCUGUAGCGUCGAAAUUAGGAAAGAAGUUUAGGUACACUAUUGCAGAAAUGGAGCGCUAUAGAAACGAUCCUUUUUGGAAAACUUUGAGAUGGUUGCUAUUCAUCUUGUUUUGGUUGUUAUGGAUUUCGAUGUUCGUGAUCGCCGUUCUUAUCGUUAUCCUCAGCCCAGGUUGUGCUCUCAGAGCAGCGUCAAACUGGUGGGAGAAUGCCAUCAUUUAUCAGAUUUGGACACCAUCGUUUCAAGAUUCGGAUGCGAGUGGCGUUGGUGAUUUCAUUGGUCUUACCAAUCGUCUCGAAAAUUUGCGUCGUUUAGGUGUCCAAGUUGUAUGGCUCAAUCCAUUUUUACAUUCUGAUGAUUUCAACGACGCAGUUCGAGAUCAUUUGGCGGUCGACCCAAAACUGGGUAUAAAUGAUGAUGCUUAUAAAUUGAUCGAUGCCGUUCACGAUAAAGGAAUGAAAAUUGUGGUAAGCUUACCAGUGAGUGUUACAUCAAAAGAUCACGACUGGUAUCGUCAAAGUUCGCAAGCAAGUUUGGAACAAUACGCAAAUUUUUCGGGUUAUUAUCACUGGAGGAAGACCGUUGAACACGGUUUUUUCAUGUCGAAACAUAAGAACGCCUUCUACAUGCAUUUCGAAAACCGAUCUAAUUGGCCUAUUCUAAAUUGGCAAAAUACUUUUGUUCAGGAGAAUAUGUUCAAAAUAAUGUCCUUUUGGAUAGAUAAGGGCAUCGAUGGAUUCUAUCUCAGUGGGAUCGAAUAUCUUGCACGCAUGAAAUCCGGAUCUAUGGCGGACUGGCCACGUAUCGUGGAUAUUCUUCGUGAUAUCAGGAAUCAUGUGGAUACUUACGUGGAAAAAGGUUCAGUGAGUAAAACCAAACAGAUUGUAUUAUUCGCUGCGCGUGAUAACGCGAGGGAAAACGACAAGAAGGAACUGGUUCUGAGUGGGUUGAAUUUAGUGGUUGAUUACGAAUUGGGAAGCAUUGGGAAAGAUAAUAAGAUUUGCAAUUUUGCCGAGGGCAAUGUUGCUGAAUGCAUUCAUGAAAUAGUUACAGAACUGGUACAGUUUCAUGCAACAAACAAUAUCUCUGCGGUGUGGGAGUUCGGUAAUCCACAUCUCUCAAGGAUAGCUUCUCGUGUUAAAUCGCAGCAACAAGCCGAACUGUUAACCAUGUUGCAGCUACUUUUACCUGGCACUAGCAGUAUCUACUAUGGUGAUGAGAUUGGGAUGAUGGAUUUACCAACUGAGAAAUUAGUACCAGUUCAAAGAGGUGCUAUGCAAUGGGAUGAUUCUGCCAAUGCUGGGUUUUCAAAUGCCAUUUCAGCAAGCAUCAUGGUUCAUCCUGAUUUUGCAGACAAUAACUGGGCCAGACAGUAUAGUUCUCAACACUCACAACUGAAGACAUUCCAAAAAAUUGCUCGAUUGAGAAGAAGAGAUGAGGCGCUUAAUUCUGGACGCACUAUCAUUGGACAACUGAUGAACAGUUCCUUCACGAUUACCAGAUACGUUAAAGCUGAGAAAACUCCCAUUGGAAACACCUAUUUGGGAGCAUUUAAUUUUGGUAAAGCUGAUACAGCACUGCCAAUCCAGGAAUCAAAUGUUAUGGAAAAUAAGGAAAUUCAUCAGGUAAUGGUAUUCGCGUUUAGUAGCAAUGCAGAGCAGUACUAUUACCAUCAAGUGAUCGAUCUCAGCAGUGGCACCGUCACAAUUCCACCCGAACAGGGUGUCAUUUUUAAGUUCAGCUCUUGAUCUCUGUAUUUUAUAUUUCGGAAAAAAAUGAGCAAUUGCUUUUUACAGAGGAACAGCUAUUCUAUGUUCUUACUUGUUAUCUCGAAUUACAAUAAAUCACGAAAUUGAUA